AGAAGAAGAAGACACAACCAACGAACACAUCUUCAAGCCAUUGGCCAUAUACAUAUUAUUUUCGGUAUAUAAAACGGUGUGUCGAAUUCAUAAGCUGCAUCAUUAGUUUAUAGCUCUUUGACAAGAAAACAACUUGAACUAUCAUCCAAAAACGAAUAUUCAAAAUGAAGUUCUUUAUUUGCACCGUUUUUGCCGUUUUGAUGGCUGUCGCCAUGGCCCAUCCACCCUCAUCUGAACACGAACACGAACACGAACACCAUCACGAUGAAAAGCAUGACGAUGGAAAACCAAUAACGGAACCAUCGACCGAAGCUCGUGCUGCAUCCACCGAUGAUAGCAGCGCUCUACCAGUCACUGUAUACUAUGAGGGACUUUGCCCCGACAGCCGAAAACUAUGGACAGAUUUGGGCCGUGAUUACUAUUUAUUCAAGAAAUAUAUAAAUUUGGAGUUCAUUCCUUUCGGACGGGCUAAAAGUUUAGAUGCCGAAGGAAAUGAAUUCGAAUGCCAUCACGGGCCAAAGGAAUGCCUUGCCAAUCGCAUCCAUUCAUGUGGUGUUAAAUACUUGAAAAGCCAAGAUGCUAGACAACAAUUCGUUGUGUGUCAAAUGCGCACUGAAGCCGAUCAAACCGGUAAAGAGUGUUUGGAAGAGGCCGGCGGCGAUUGGACCGAGGUCAGCAAAUGUGUCGAUGGUGACGAAAGCAAAAAGUUACAACUUCAAGCUGAAAGAGAUACCAAGAAAAUCUCCGUUCCACGUUUGGAGAGCGUCCCAACGAUUGUUUUCAAUAACGAGUUGAACCAAGAAUUGAAUAACAAAGCAUUCAAGAACCUUAAGGCCGUCUUCUGCGAAUUGCUCAGCACCAAAAAUAUUCCAGAAUGUGCAUAGAAACUCCGUCCACAACGGCGAUAUUCACAAAAUUCUAUAAACAACACAUGAUGAUAUCAUAGUAUGCUUAAACUAAUUUAUUUUUGAGUGGCUGUAAAACAAAAUUUAUUUUUUAUUAUUUUUUCUUUUAUUUUUUCUCUUUUUUUUCUCGCGAUGUUUUGAAGGAAAAAUUUCGUUCGAUUCAAUAAAAUAAACUGGAUUUCUUUGUGAUGGAUAAA